AUGCCUUAAAUGCAUUUUGAUGACAAUUAUUUAUUAAAUACAAUACAUGCAAGUGUUUAAGAAAGAAAAAUUUUAAAUAAACAGGAAUAAUAAUAAAAUUUAGACAUUUAACGAUAAUCUUAAGUGUUAUAAGAACCUUUAUGUAUAAAGAAUGAAACAGAGAGAGAUAUAUAUUAGACUAAAUUAAAUGGUAUUUAGAAAAUCUAUUAUCAAAAAUAGGUCAUUGGACUCAAUAGGAGCAUGAAUUAUAUCUUGAAUUUAUAAAAAAUCACUUUGAUAUUUUAAAGUCACAAUAUGAUAAAAAAUCCAAAAAGAUUUUUAAAAUGAUGAGUUAAUUUAUACUUACAAGAACUGCCACUUAAUGUAGAUCACAUCAUUAAAAAUUCAAUCCAUUACAAUAGAUUAAGAGAAAGAAGAAAUCAAAGUGA